ACCUCCCAAUCCGUUACGAAAUCGAUAAAGCGACAAAGUUAAUUAGCUCAAGUUUUAAAAUGAUAAAGAAAGUGCAAGUUAAGCGUUUUUACGUUUUUUCUUUCUCUCCGUUGAGUGUACUUCUGUUUCUCUUGCAUCGAUUCUGGGUGCAAGGUGCGGCCGAUAAACACGCGGCAGCUUUGCAAUUUGAUAAAAUUCUCAACUCUCUUGACCUGCUCCUCUCAUCUCUGGUGGCGACUGACCGAGCCGACGAGGGAUAUUACACGAGUGUGGGUGCGAGUGUUCUAUGAGUCACUCGAUUCAGUCUGUGCAUCGCGUCGUCGUCAGUCAGUCGCUAGAGUAAGACAUGGGCGAACCAGUUGUGACCGUGAAGCAGGGCCACCUUCGAGGCCUCGAGACCGAGAGUGUCGCCGGAGGAUCCUACCUCUCCUUUAAAGGAAUUCCCUACGCCGCGCCUCCGGUCGGCGAACUCAGAUUCCGGGAUCCACAACCAGCGGAGACAUGGACUGGAGUGCGAGAAGCCUUCACAGAAGGGUCAAAGUGCGCUCAAUUGGACAUGUUUACCAAGACGAUACUUGGCGAUGACGACUGUCUCUACCUGAACGUAGCCACGAAGUCUUUGACAGGGUCUCGGCCAGUCAUGGUUUGGAUUCACGCAGGAGCAUUCGUCCUUGGUGACGGAGGAUUCGGGAUGUAUAGCCCCGAUUACCUGAUGGACUCGGGAAUCGUUUACGUGAGCAUCAAUUUCAGAGUCGGCGUCCUAGGUUUCCUUAACCUCGACCAUGAGGUGGCGCCUGGAAAUAUAGGGCUGAAAGAUCAGGUGGCGGCUUUAAAAUGGGUAAAGGCAAACAUCGCCCAGUUUGGAGGCGAUCCGAAUAACGUGACAGUAUUCGGAGGCAGUUCUGGUGGCGUCUCCGUGCAUUAUCUGCUUCUAUCACCACUGGCUAAAGGUCUAUUCCACAAAGCCAUCAUCCAAAGUGGGGUGGUGCUGAACCCAUGGGCAAGCGUAUCGAAGACCGUGGAUACGGCGCGUCGUUUCGUCUCCAUACUUGGAAGAGAUAUUACCGACCCCAAUGAGAUAGUAAAAUUCCUUCGCACUAUUCCAGCCCAUCGGCUUAUCGAAGUUCAGGAAAAUAUGCUCACUCCAGAGGAAAGAAUUAACCUUAUAUAUCCAUUCGGACCUGGUGUAGACGCCAAAAGCGUCGAACCAUUCAUGCCAAGGCCCCUUGAAGAAACUGCUGCGGAAGGCUUUGAUGUACCAGUCAUAAUUGGAUACAACAGUCACGAAGGAAUCCUUUUCUUAAUCGGACUUCAGGAUGAGGCGUACACAAAACUCGAUGAAAACUUUGAAAUAGCAGUGCCUAGAAGCUUGGCUGCAAAGGCUCCGUCGAAGGUGCCGGAAAUAGCGAAGGAGAUAAGAAAGUUCUACUUUGGAGACAAGCGUAUAACGAAAGCUCUCGUUGAUGAAUAUGUCCAAUGCUGCGGUGACUUACACAUUGUUGCAGGCAUUCAGAAGGUAGUCGAGAUUCAGAGGGGAAAGAAGUCGCCAACGUACUUCUAUAGGUUUUCUUACAGUAGCCCAACAUCAUUAGCCAAGACUUUAUUCCAAGUCCAAAUGAAAGGUGCCAUGCAUGCUGAAGAACUUCAGUAUAUAUUUUUCGCCUCUCAGUUCCGCGAUUAUAUAAAAAUGGAGCCUGGCUCGACUGAAGUCAUUCUUCGUGAUCGAUUCGUCAGAAUGUGGACAGAUUUCGCAAAAACAGGAAAUCCUACGCUGGUAAUCGAUGAUCUGAUUACCAAGAAGUGGGAACCGAUUACUGAAACGGCCAAGAACUAUUUGGAAAUAGAUACAGAGCUUUCGACUGGAAUAAAUCCCAAUGACGACAUGUGGCAGACAUGGAAACGCAUCGAAGCCAUCGCUUCUGAUCAACUACCAGCCAUCUGGCAGAUAGGUUUAAAUAUGAGCAAUCCUGUGGUUGAAGUGAAACAAGGACUGCUCCGUGGUGCAAAGGUAGAAAGUGUCAUUGGCGGUUCUUAUAUCGCUUUUAAAGGUAUUCCAUACGCGGCUCCUCCAAUUGGGAAUUUGAGAUUCAGGGAUCCUCAACCAGCUCAUUCAUGGAAAGGUAUACGAGACGCCUUGGAAGAAGGACCCAAAUGCGCCCAAUUCAGUCUGUUCACCAUGUCGAUAAUCGGUGAUGAUGAUUGCCUUUAUCUCAACGUAGCUACACCUUCAUUAACAGGGUCGCGACCAGUCAUGGUUUGGAUCCAUGGAGGAGGUUACUUCUUCGGUGAUGGAGGUUCCCAUGUUUACGGUCCAGAUUAUCUGAUGAAAGCGGACGUUGUCCAUGUUGGAAUUAACUACAGACUCGGUGUUCUAGGAUUUCUUCAACUUGAACACGAAGCUGCGUCGGGCAAUAUGGGACUCAAGGAUCAAAUUGCCGCCCUGAAGUGGGUCAAAGAAAAUAUCGUACAGUUCGGAGGCGAUCCGAACAACGUCACACUGUUUGGACAAAGUGCUGGUAGUGCUUCUGCUCAUUACCUGCUACUGUCUCCGCUUGCUAAAGGUCUUUUCCACAAAGCCAUCAUGCAGAGUGGAGCUCUGUUGGCUCACUGGGCACACAUUUCGGAGCCGUUAGAAAUGGUGCAUCGCUACAUCGCUGCCUUUGGCAAAGAUAUCACCGACCCAAAUGAGAUCGUUGAAUAUCUUCGUACUGUUCCAGUUCGAAAGCUUAUUGAGGUUCAGGAAAAAAUGUCAACCCCAGAGGAAAAAAUGAAUGUUCUAACUCCAUUUCGACCCACUGUCGACACCAGUAGCGCAGAGCCAUUGAUUCCCAAGCCUCUUGAAGAACUGGUUCAAGAAGGUUUUGACGUGCCGAUUAUCAUUGGUUACACCACCCAUGAGGGGGUCAUUUUUUUGACGAGCGGAUCGGAAGAGGUAUAUAAUGCAGUUGAAAAAAAUUUUGAAGCGGCAGUCCUUCGAGUUCUUACUGACCGGGCGCCAUCCAGGGUAACAGAGCUCACUAACGAGAUUCAAACAUUUUAUUACAAAGGCAAGCCCAUAACCAGAGAUCUCAUUACCAAUUAUGCUCGAUUCGCUGGUGAUCUGCAAUUCGUUAAGGAGGUCCAUAGAGUGGUUGAUAUUCAGCGUGAAAAAAACUCUCCGACGUAUUUGUACAGGUUUUCGUACGACAGUCCUGAUUCGGUGACAAAACUAAUUUACGGUGUGAUUGGAGAAGGCGUUCUUCACGGCCAAGAGAAUCAGUAUCUUUUCUUCCCGGAAAAUUAUCGUGAGCAGGUCAAAAUGAAGCCAGGAUCCCCUGACCAGAUCUUUAGUGAUAAAUUGAUCAGGUUAUGGACGAAUUUUGCGAGAACUGGUAAUCCAACCCCGGUAGUUGAUGAUCUGAUUACUACGAAGUGGAAACCGGUGACCAAGACAGCCAAGAACUUCUUAGAAAUCAAUCAAAAGCUCUCCAAUGGUAUAAAUCCAGAUAAAGAAAUGUGGGAAAUGUGGAAACGUAUUGAAGCCAUGACAGGUGGUCAGUAGGACUCUAAUUCUCAAAGCAUCUUCUGCUGAUUGACGCGAGAAUUUGGGUUCCUUUGGGUUUUCCAUUUGAGUGGACAACAGUUGACUCACUCGGUAUACCGACGAAUUCACC